CUCCUCUCUCGCUCGCUCUCGCCUCCUCUGUGCCCUGCGUUCUCUUCCUCCUCUACCGAGACCCUUUCUCCCAUCUCCGCCUUGAUCUCCCCCAAUUCCUAUCGGCUUCGCCAUGCGCUUCUCCGAUUGAGGUCGAUUGAUGACUCAUCACAAGCGGCCCUUCUCUAUCAGCAGAAGCAGCGGCGGUGGAACCCCCAACAGCAACAGCGGUGCAUCCGGCGGAGCCACCCAUAUCUCCCCAGAGUUAUCCCCUGCCAUGAAGAAGGCCAAGCCCCAGCUGGCUGCCACCUGCUCGUUGGAGAAGGAGAAGAACGGCCUCCACCCCCAACCCCACCACUCGAACACCACCGCGGCGGCGGCCGUGGCUGCGCAGUCCGGGGAGGAGGAUGACGCGAUGCUUGUUGACCAGGAGGAGCUGAAGCCUGGGGCUUCUGCCCCCGUCAUGGUGACGGGUGUCGCUGCCAAUUUGUCGAGGAAGAAGGCCACGCCGCCGCAGCCGUCGGUCAAGAAGCAGCUUGUCAUCAAGUUGGUCAAAGGUAAACCUUCACUUCCGAAAAACUUUGAGGAGGAUACAUGGGCCACAUUAAAGUCUGCCAUUACUGCUAUAUUUUUGAAGCAACCAGAUCCCUGUGACUCUGAAAAGCUCUAUCAGGCUGUCAGUGAUCUUUGCCUGCACAAGAUGGGAGGGAACCUUUACCAACGUAUACAAAAGGAAUGUGAAACACAUAUAUCUUCGACGAUGUCAUCAUUGGUUGGUCAGAGCCCUGAUUUGGUGGUAUUUCUGUCGUUGGUAGAGAAAUGUUGGCAGGACUUCUGUGACCAGAUGUUGACAAUACGUGGCAUAGCUUUAGUUCUCGAUAGAACAUAUGUCAAACAAACACCAAACAUUCACUCGCUGUGGGAUAUGGGAUUGCAGCUGUUCAGGAAGCAUCUUGCAUUAUCUCCAGAAGUAGAGCACAAAGUUGUUACUGGACUUUUGAGGCUAAUUGAGAAGGAGAGACAAGGUGAAGCCAUUGAUAGGACUGUCCUAAGCCAUCUUUUAAAGAUGUUUACAGCACUUGGAAUUUAUACAGAGAGCUUUGAGAAACCCUUUCUUGUAUGCACUUCUGAGUUUUAUGCUGCUGAAGGUGUGAAAUAUAUGCAGCAGUCAGAUGUUCCAGAUUAUCUGAGGCAUGUGGAGUCAAGAUUACAUGAAGAGCAUGAAAGAUGCUUGCUAUACUUAGAUGCAAGUACGAGGAAACCACUUGUAGCAACUGCAGAAAAGCAACUUCUUGAGCGCCAUACUUCUGCAAUUCUUGACAAGGGAUUCACAAUGCUUAUGGAAGCGAAUCGUGUUGAUGACCUUCAAAGAAUGUAUACCCUUUUUCAGAGGGUUGAUGCUCUUGAGUUAAUAAGGCAAGCUCUUAGCUCAUACAUCCGGGGAACUGGGCAAGUAAUUAUCAUGGAUGAAGAGAAGGACAAAGAUCUGGUUCCUUAUCUCCUAGAGUUUAAAGCAUCUCUUGAUAAGAUAUGGGAAGAAAGUUUCUUCAGAAAUGAAGCUUUCUCAAAUACCAUAAAGGAUUCAUUCGAGCAUCUCAUUAAUCUUCGUCAGAAUAGGCCAGCUGAAUUGAUUGCCAAGUAUGUGGACGAGAAGCUUCGUGCUGGCAACAAGGGUACAUCUGAGGAAGAGUUGGAGAGUAUACUUGACAGAGUUUUGGUGUUAUUCAGAUUCAUACAAGGAAAAGAUGUCUUCGAGGCCUUUUACAAGAAAGAUCUUGCAAAAAGGUUAUUGUUGGGAAAGAGUGCAUCGAUAGAUGCUGAGAAAUCAAUGAUCACAAAGUUGAAAACUGAGUGUGGGAGUCAAUUUACAAAUAAACUCGAGGGAAUGUUCAAGGAUAUUGAGUUAUCGAAAGAAAUAAAUGACUCCUUUAAACAAUCAUCCCAAGCGAGGACAAAACUUCCAACUGGCAUCGAAAUGAGUGUUCAUGUUUUGACAACCGGGUAUUGGCCAACGUAUCCUCCUAUGGAUGUCCGACUUCCUCAUGAAUUGAAUGUUUAUCAGGAUAUAUUCAAAGAGUUCUAUUUGAGUAAGUACCACGGGAGGCGUUUAAUGUGGCAAAAUUCAUUAGGUCAUUGUGUUCUAAAAGCUGAAUUUCCAAAAGGCAAAAAGGAAUUAUCGGUAUCACUAUUUCAGACUGUUGUUCUAAUGCUUUUCAACGAUACUCAAAAGCUUAGCUUCCAAGACAUUAAGGACUCCACUGGCAUUGAUGAUAAAGAGCUGAGGAGGACUUUGCAGUCACUUGCAUGUGGCAAAGUUCGAGUUUUACAGAAGAUCCCAAAAGGAAGAGAGAUAGAAGAUGAUGACUCUUUUGUAUUCAAUGAAGAAUUCAGUGCUCCUCUGUAUCGCCUUAAGGUCAAUGCAAUCCAGAUGAAGGAAACAGUGGAGGAAAACACAAGCACGACUGAAAGAGUAUUCCAGGAUCGUCAGUAUCAGGUUGAUGCGGCUAUUGUUCGUAUCAUGAAGACAAGGAAAGUACUUAGCCACACACUCUUAAUUACUGAACUCUUUCAGCAGCUUAAAUUUCCGAUAAAGCCUGCGGACCUGAAGAAAAGGAUAGAGAGCCUCAUCGAUAGGGAAUACUUGGAGAGGGACAAGAACAACCCCCAGAUCUACAACUAUCUAGCAUGAUUUAUAUGUGUCCUACAUGAAUGGACUACCAUCAAGGAUCAGCCCUAUGGCUAUUUUACUUGUUCCCCUGGAUGCCAGAGAUGUUGCUACUGGCUCCCGCAGGAGUACCAGAAGAUGAAAUCCACUCAGAUGUUAGAAUACAUAGUGAUAACAGAAUUAGUUAUAGUAUAUUUUUAUUCAAAGAGCAUGUUUGAUUCUAUCAA